GGGCUGUCGGGAACAGGUUCUGGACAUCACCAACCGCGUCUCUUAGGCAACAGGCAACUACAGCAUUGGAAGGAAAGUGCAGAAGAUUCGAGCCAGACUGGCAACAACCUCCCCAGCAUAUGCGUGCAGACUCUGAACCAGCCAAUCCUUACCUAAGAAGAGUUCAUCAUUCCAAUGUGGAAAAGAAGACCAGAUGAUAAUGAGGAUGACAACUACCGUCCCCCUCGUUCAAAGAGGACUAAGAAGGACCAGGACAUACAGGACCAUCAUGCUAUAGAGUCGACAAGCAGUGAUAAUGAAAGGAACCAAGGCAGCAUCAAUAACCCCAAUCGUGAGAGAGUACCAGAAAGCAGCUUAAACCUGAGUACUGCUGAACUAGACUCCAAUAUCCCUGGGUUCUCCCAAGAGGAGGAUUAUGAAGUGUGCCAAGACCAAGAUCCUUACUCACAUAUUAACAACANCUUGAAGGAGGCUCAUUUCUACAGCCUCCAGCAGAGAGGACACUCUCCGACUUGAUGGCCUAGGCAUCCUCCUUUUUUGUAUAAAAAUCAAUGGCAUUCACGCAAAGCAGUCUUGGCUUUUGUUUGUAUUUUCAGUAAGAGGUCAAUGGGCAUUGUAUUCUUUUGUUGUGUUGCUUUACCACUGCUAUCUGAAAGGGUCAUUUAUGACAGUUUGAUAUGUUUUCUGUCACGUCUGAUGUCCUAUUCAUGUUAAAAUAGCAGCAUGAGGACUUCUCCUGAAACUGAAUGGAUUACAUGUCCAAUUCACAUUAGUUUCCAAGUGGCUCAUUAGGUUCUACAUGUUAAAUGUUGUUUUAAAAUGUGAUUUCCUUAUUUUGAAAAAUUAAGUGGCCUGGUAAAGUUUGUGUGGUUUUCCUUGAAAUGUAAAAGAACAAAUCAUGGAGAAGCCAAUUCCAAACCAGUAGUAAUGAGCGUUCGUGAGGAGGGGAAAUGUGGGUGGAAUUUUCUCAUUCUGAUAUAAAUAUGGGCUGAUCCUCAGAAGGGAAAUGUCUACAGAAAUCCUUCCCUACCUAUUCUGGUGCAAAAGUCAGCCCAUGUAGGCUGCGAACUUGAAGCCUGUGUCUGGUAAUUGCAUUCUUUUCAUUCCAAGGGAGAAGCCUUCUUCCUUUUAUGCUCCUGUGUGUGCUCUUAAGACUUGUGUCAAACACUUAUAAAUCAGUAAGAGAAGUGCAUAGCAAUGCUGUAGUUUAAGUACAAAAUUUGGAUAUUUACUGCUUCUGUGUUGUCUUACAGUUCCAUCUAUUAUGUCUAAUGUUGAUAAAAUCUAAGCUAUUGCAAACAA